AUGCCCUCCCAAGCUCAGCCCCGCCGACUCGACCAGCUCAGCUUCUACCUGCGACGCCGACCCGCCGCCGCCGCCGCCGCCGCCGCCCACGGGAUCACCGUCAAGGCCGGCUUCCUCAGCUCUUCAUUCUUCCUCUGCAAUCAUCUGAUACACGCCUACGCAUCAGAGUCGGCCACCGCUGACGCCCGCAAGCUGUUCGACGAAAUUCCCCUGCUUAAUCCUGACUCAUGGUCUACGAUGAUUUCUGGGUACGCAAAGGUUGGGCAGUUGAAAGAGGCGGUGACGAUGUUGAGAGCGAUGAGAUGUACCAAUGGAGGGCGUCGCGAUGAAGAAGACGACUCCUUCUGGUGCAGAGUGGCCCAUGGGAAUGUCAUCAAAGGGUGCAGCCGUGCGAGCGAUCUGAGGACGGGGGCUCAGCUCCACUGUAGCACAGUCAAGCUCGGGUUUGAGUCUGACUCUUUCAUGGCGGCUUCUGUCAUCGACCUCUACUGGAAAUGCGGCGACCUCGAGGGCUCCAGGAAAGUGUUUGGCCUUGCUCCCCACAAAGACGCGGCGACUUGGACGACCAUGAUCUCCGCCUUUGCGAGUCAACGCCAGCAGGAUAAGUUCAAGGAAGCCGCCUUUCUGCUGUUCAGGAAGAUGAUCGCCAUUGGAGUCUGGCCCGUGGCUGUCACCUUCGGGAGCCUGGUCAAGAUCUUCGACGACCCGAGCAAGAUAAACCAAGCCAAGCAGGUCCACGGCUGCAUGCUGAAGCUCGGGGUCAACGCGGACGAUCUUCUGGGUAGCGCCCUGGUGACCAUGUAUGGCAAAUGCGGCGGCGUCGACGAGGUAGUCCGUCUCUCAGCCAGGGUCAGCCACAAGGACGUCGUCUUCUGGACUUCCCUGUUGGUGGGCUUCGUGCAGAAUGGGUUAUAUCCGGCCGCCAUUGAAGUGUUUAGAGAGAUGAUCGAGGAAGAGGCAAUGCUCGAUGGUUCCGCCAUCGUCGGCGUUCUUGGAGCUUUUUCCGCUCAGAAACAGCUGCGUUUUGGGGAAGAAGCUCAUGGGUAUGCUCUGAGAAGCAACCUGAUAUCGGAUUCCUGUGUAGUGAACGCCCUGAUUAAUCUAUACGGGAAGUGUGGCCAAGUCAGGAAGGCGGAGGCGGUGUUCCAAGCAAUGGAGCAGAAGAGAGACGACCCCGUCUGCUGGACGACCCUAUUGACCUGCUACGGUCAGAACGGCCUCCCAGAAGAAACCAUGUUCCUGUUUCGGCAGAUGAUGCAGAAAGGUGUGGCCUUGCAUGCGUUCAGCGCCACCGGCGCCCUCAGAGCCUGCUCUGCCAUGGCGGCCGUCACCACGGGGGAACAACUCCACUCCCUCAUAACCAAGGCGGGGAUUUCAGAGGCUCUCUCCGUGAGAAACUCCCUGAUUUCCAUGUACGGCAAGUGCGGCGAUUCAGCUGCUGCUCUGGAGAUCUUCAACUCCAUGGCUCUGAGGGACGCGAUAACUUGGAACUCGAUCAUCGACUGCUGUUCCCAUCAUGGGUUCGGCCCGGAAGCUAUCAUCUUGUUCUACCAGAUGCAGAGGGAAGGGACCCGGCCGGAUGACUUCACCUUCCUCGGAGUUCUCGCCUCUUGCAGCCAUGCCGGUCUGGUGACCGAAGGCCGUGAGUUCUUCAAGAUGAUGAGCACAGUCUACGGGUUGGAGCCAAAAAUGGAGCACUACGCCUGCAUGGUUGACCUCUUCGGCCGGGCAGGAAGAUUCGAUGAAGCAGUGGAGUUCGUCAACACCGUGCCCUGCGGCUCCAGCAGCCUGAUCUGGGAAUCCUUGCUCGGUUCUUGCUCACUGUACAGGGAGAUCAAGCUGGGGAGCAUGGCUAUGGAGAAGAUCCUGCAGACGAAGCCAGAAGAUCCAUCUGGGUACAUAAUAUUAUCGAAUAUCAGCGCCUCCAUGGGCGAGUGGGAGAUAAAGGCCGAUGCUUUGAGCAGGAUGAGACGGCGAGGGCUUCAGAAGGAUCCAUCCAGGAGCUGGGUCGAAGUCAAAGGCCUGCUCCACGUGUUCUCCCCAGACGACAAGUCCCACCCGGAGCUGCACCUGAUCUACUGGAAGCUGGAGGAGCUGAAAGUCAAAAUGGAGGAGGGGGGUUACGUCCCAGAGACCCACCUCGUCCUCCACGACACCAACCCGCAGGAGAAGGAUCUCUCUCUCCUCCGCCACAGCGAGAAGCUGGCCUUGGCCUUCGCGCUGAUCGCCACUCCGAGCAGCAGACCCAUCAGAAUCAUGCAGAACCUGCGCUGCUGCAAGGACUGCCAUACUGCGAUGAAGCUCAUCUCUAGGAUCGAGGGCCGGUGCAUCAUACUACGAGACUCAAAGAGGUUUCAUAUCUUCCGCGAUGGAGUCUGCUCUUGCAGCGAUUAUUGGUAG